GCGCCCGCAGGCAGCUCGCGGGGACGCGGCCCGCAGAUCGGGGCGGGAGAUUGCGGCAGCAGUCCUUCUUGCGGGGGAUUUUGUAGCUACUUAAGCGCAGUAGACAAGAACGACUUAACAGAGAAGCCACCAAAAUAUCUCUCAGGACCAAUAGGGCAGGAUCGUGAUCACAGAGUGCUGUCUAGUCCUCCAGAAACUGGGGAAAGCUGAUGAGACAAAAGACGAACAGUUCGAAGAAUAUGUCCAGAACUUCAAACGGCAAGAAGCAGAGGGUACCAGACUUCAGCGAGAACUCCGAGGAUAUUUAGCAGCAAUCAAAGGCAUGCAAGAGGCCUCCAUGAAGCUCACGGAGUCACUACAUGAAGUCUAUGAGCCGGAUUGGUAUGGGCGGGAAGAUGUGAAAAUGGUUGGCGAGAAAUGUGAUGUGCUGUGGGAAGACUUCCAUCAAAAACUUGUGGAUGGGUCCUUGCUAACACUGGAUACCUACCUGGGGCAAUUUCCUGACAUAAAGAAUCGCAUCGCCAAGCGCAGCAGGAAGCUGGUGGACUAUGACAGUGCCCGCCACCAUCUGGAAGCUCUGCAGAGCUCCAAGAGGAAGGAUGAGAGUCGAAUCUCUAAGGCAGAAGAAGAAUUUCAGAAAGCACAGAAAGUGUUUGAAGAGUUUAAUGUUGACUUACAAGAAGAGUUACCAUCAUUAUGGUCAAGACGAGUUGGAUUUUAUGUUAAUACUUUCAAAAACGUCUCCAGCCUUGAAGCCAAGUUUCAUAAGGAAAUUGCGGUGCUUUGCCACAAACUGUAUGAAGUAAUGACGAAACUGGGUGACCAGCAUGCCGACAAGGCCUUCACCAUCCAAGGAGCGCCCAGAAUGAGGUGUGAUUCGGGUCCUCUCCGCAUUGCAAAGACGCCAUCACCACCUGAGGAGCCUUCACCACUCCCGAGCCCAACAGCAAGUCCAAAUCAUACAUUAGCACCUGCAUCUCCCGCACCAGCACGGCCUCGGUCGCCUUCACAGACAAGGAAAGGGCCUCCUGUCCCACCUCUACCUAAAGUCACCCCGACAAAGGAACUGCAGCAGGAGAACAUCAUCAGUUUCUUUGAGGACAACUUUGUUCCAGAAAUCAGUGUGACGACACCUUCCCAGAACGAAGUCCCUGAGGUGAAGAAAGAGGAGACUUUGCUGGAUCUGGACUUCGAUCCUUUCAAGCCCGAGGUGACACCUGCAGGUUCUGCUGGAGUGACCCACUCACCCAUGUCUCAGACAUUGCCUUGGGACCUAUGGACGACAAGCGCUGAUUUGGUACAGCCGACUGACUCUUCAGAAAGUCUUUCCUUGUGUAACCUGAUCAUGGAGGAAACUCCAGACAGUGGGUUGGCCGAAGAAAUUCAAAGAUCUCAAAAUGAUAUAGGUGCAUUUACUUGGGGCCCUGACGCUAGUACAGACAGGGUCAGCCAGGAAAUUACCUCAGGCGGGUUUGGAGAAGACUCUACAUGUCUCUCCGAAGCAGAGCAAGACAUAAGAUUAUCCACCAGGCUGCUUUCGUCUGCUGACUGGCCCACUGUAGCUGAACAGGGUGAGCAUGCCCCGGGGCCAGCCCUUCCAGGUGGAAAUGAACAACUGCCCCCAAAGCCUGCACCUGAGGCUGGAGUUACUUUUGCUCCUUGUGUGGAGAUGGAGCAGCCGUAUGACCCACUUGACUCAGACAUGCCAGCCAUGGACACAGCUGGCCUGUUCAAAGAAAGUCAUGAAGAUGUGAAGAAGUCAGAUGAAGAGGAAGAGAAACAGAAGAUAGAAGAUUCUCUGUGGGCAGGUGUGGAGACAUGUCAAAAGGCUUCUGGUGGUUCGUUUAAUGGAUUCACACAGCCCCAGGAUACUUCAUUAUUCGCAAUGCAGACAGACCAGAGUAUGAUCUGCAAUUUGAUCAUACCUGGAGCUGAUGCUGAUGCAGCUGUUGGAACCUUGGUGUCAGCAGCUGAGGGGGCCCCAGGAGAGGAAGCAGAGGCAGAGAAGGCCACUCUCCCUGCCGGGGAAGGAGUAAGUUUAGAGGAGGCCAAAAUUGGAACUGAAACCGAGGGUGCAGAGAGUGCCCAAGCUGAAGCAGAGGAGCUGGCAGCAACAGUGCCUCAGGAGAAGGUCAUCCCUUCAGUGGUCAUAGAGCCUGCCUCCAACCAUGAAGAGGAGGGAGAACACGAAAUAACUAUAGGUGCAGAGCCCGAGGAGACCACCGAGGACGUGGCUCCUCUGGGCCCCAGCAGUGAGACGCCAGAGCUGGCUACGGAGCCGAAGCCCCUGCAGGACCCUCAGCCAAUGCCUUCUGCACCAGCCGUGGGGACUGCUGACCAGCUAGCAUCUGUACGGGAGGCCUCUCAGGAAUUGCCUCCUGGCUUUCUCUACAAGGUGGAAACACUGCAUGAUUUUGAGGCAGCAAAUUCUGAUGAACUUACCUUACAAAGGGGUGAUGUGGUGCUGGUGGUCCCCUCAGAUUCAGAAGCUGAUCAGGAUGCAGGCUGGCUGGUGGGAGUGAAGGAAUCAGACUGGCUUCAGUACAGAGACCUUGCCACCUACAAAGGCCUCUUUCCGGAGAACUUCACCCGACGCUUGGAUUAGGGCAACAAGUAUUGCAAGAAAGAGCUCAGUUACUGGGUUUUUAAACCUUCAUGAAAACCUGAAGAGUUCAGUUUUGCUAUUAUGCUCUUAAUGAUUUACAGACUGAUGCCAGACGAACCUUGGGAAGAUGUAUCAAUGGAGUAUGUGUGCAAAAAAAAACGUAAGAGAAAGAAAAGUAAAUUAAGGAAAAAAUCCUCACUCGUUCCCAUGUUGUCAAUAACAGGUUUGUUUGUGCUUUGUCCAAGCUGUGGACUCUUGUACUUGAUCCCCUCCCACCAAUUCUAAAGUAGCUUUCUCCAGAUCAGACUUUUAUUUCUCUGCAUCAGGUGUAUGGUAUUGAGUGGCUGCCCUGCAGAAGAUGUGAUGAAUUAUCCUGUGGUACAAGAUUAUCUUAUUCCCCUGCCCAGGUGUGAGCACGUGCUCUCGCUCCCUUUCAGGUUUACUGUGUUUAAAACUAAACUGCUGCAAAAUUUCUCAAUGUUAUUUUCCAACACAUCUAUAUGUAUAUAUAUAUGGACACACAGUCACGCAAGCUAGUUCCCAUGACUCCUGGAUCUAUGUGUAUGCAGAAGGCUACAUAUACAUAGUUGCUUUCUUUCCUUUCCAUUGUAACUCUUUGCCUCUCAAGUGUCAUUGAUACAUGCAUUGCUCUUAUUCUGACUGGCAUUACAGUCGCAGUUUUGCGUCAUGGCAAAACCAGCCAUCCCAUUGCCAAAACAGUCAACAGUAUCUGUGUUUGUACUGUGCAGUUUUCAGGAUGAGAUGACAGAUAGCAUGACCACACUGAGACCCCCUCAGAGAAAGCAGGGCCUGAUUUAUCUAGCUGUCCAGCCGCUGUGGCUGGAGGCAGGCUAGUUGGGAUGGGCAGCUAAGUAGUCUUCUCUUCUGCCUUUAUGAGAUUGGGUAGAAAGAUGGGGCAUAUUCAUCCACCCCCAAAAGAACACUAUAAAAACAGUUCCUCUAUAUUUCCACCUCUUUCUAUUUAUGCAACUCAUCUUCACAGAUUGUUCUAAAGUAAAAUAGAUAGUGUAUGCUGUAUCCACAAAUCAUCUGUAACAAUUAUGUUUUCAGUGCUGUGUCAUUCCAAAUAAACCUUUGGUAAUCUCCAACGAUUACCCUAAUUC